UAUAGGAGAGGCUCUCUCACUCCUUACUUCCGCUUCCUUCAACGGAGGAGCCAGGGCCUCCCCCAUUUUUCUCACCCAGGAGGCGGCGGCGGCGGCGGCGGCAGCAGCAACUCACGAUGUUUGGCCUCAAGAGAAACGCCGUAAUUGGACUCAACCUCUACUGUGGGGGGGCCGGGUUGGGGGCCGGGAGCGGCGGCGCCUCCUCUUCGGGAGGGCGGCUUUUGGCCGUGGGGAAGGAGGCCACGGGCCGGCGGGAGGGCGGGGGAGGGGAAGCCGGUGCGGUGAUUGGCGGAAGCGUCGGCGCGAGCCCCCCGGCCACUCUCGCGCCCGAAGCCCGGAGGGUCGCGCGGCCCUCGCCCAUUGGCGCCGAGGGCCCCGACGUCACGGAGACCCCCCCGAAGCUGCUGCUCUUCGCGGCCACCCGCUGUGCGCCGCCGCCCGAAGAGAUGGACGGCCCCGCGGCCGACGCCAUCAUGUCGCCCGAAGAAGAGCUGGACGGGUACGAGCCGGAGCCCCUGGGGAAGCGGCCGGCCGUCCUGCCUUUGCUGGAGCUGGUCGGGGAGGCCAGCGGUGGCCCUGGCACGGACGGCUCACUGCCCUCGACGCCACCCCCGGCAGAGGAGGAGGACGACGAGUUGUUCCGGCAGUCGCUGGAGAUCAUCUCUCGAUACCUUCGCGAGCAGGCGACCGGCGCCAAGGACGCGAAGCCACUGGGCGGGUCCGGGACGGCCAGCCGAAAGGCGUUAGAGACCCUCCGGCGGGUCGGCGACGGCGUGCAGCGCAACCACGAGACGGCCUUCCAAGGCAUGCUUCGGAAACUGGACAUCAAAAACGAAGACGAUGUUAAAUCUUUGUCCCGAGUGAUGGCCCACGUUUUCAGUGACGGAGUAACAAACUGGGGCAGGAUUGUGACUCUUAUUUCUUUCGGUGCCUUUGUGGCCAAACACUUGAAGAGUAUAAACCAAGAAAGCUGCAUCGAACCAUUAGCGGAAAGCAUCACAGAUGUUCUCGUGAGGACAAAACGAGAGUGGCUGGUCAAACAAAGAGGCUGGGAUGGGUUUGUGGAGUUCUUCCAUGUAGAGGACCUAGAAGGUGGCAUCAGAAAUGUGCUGCUGGCUUUUGCAGGUGUUGCUGGAGUAGGAGCUGGUUUGGCAUAUCUAAUAAGAUAGCCUUUUAAGUGCAAUAAUUGACUCUUAACCAACCCCAGGCAACCAAACUCACAUAACAACUGCUGUGAAUCAAAUGUAUUUAUGAAGUUGGACUUCAGGCUGUCCAGGCUGUAACCUCCAAGAGUUCUGCUCUAGCAACUAGAAGAGCAAGUGGCAAGAGGAUUAUGGCUGACAGGAAUAAAUACAUGGAGGAAGUAGACCUCCUUGAAGCGUCACUGUCUAAAGCAAGGUUCAAUUUCGGCAACAGGCAACCUGGGAGAAGAUGGAGGAGGACUUUUAGAUUUAGUGAAGGUGGCAAGGUGGAAGACACUUGAUUUCCUUUUCUAGAACAGGAGAGUGGCCAGUAGCCAGGCUAGUCAUAGAGUCCAUUAAAUAUGCCCACCGAAAUAAUUAACUUCUUAUAGUGUUAAAAGAGAAGCACUAACAAUGGCAAUGAUCUGUAGAAAAUGGAUUUGAGCUACAGGUAAUAAAUAGAUCUAUGACUAGAAGCCUCAGUACUGUACAACAGAGUGUGAAGGGAAGCUUUUUCUCUGCAAUUAGCUCUUCCCAGGUGUACUUCUUGAAAGUCCAAGUGCUCAGGACUUUUUAUACCUGUUCUACUUUGGCUUGGUUUGAGUGGUUUAUUAGCCUAGUAAUGGCCAAGAAUACUUGACUUAAGGCUCAAUGAUGACAGUUGCAAAUAUGAAAAUAUCCUCAAUUUUUAAAACAACACCUUGUAUUUGUCUGUAAAAAUUGUAUAUAUUUUUACAGAAAGUAAAACGUAUUUUGAAAUGUAAAGGGAUGAAAAAUCUCAAAAUACAUUACUUUUUUCAUACCUGUUUCAGAUUUUCAACUUCUGUAGUUAGGAGUCUAUUUCUUACAGCUUUUCUAUUCUAAAUUUUGUCCUGGUCCCUCAUAGAUUGUAUACAGAACCGGUUGGUGUAAGUGUGUGCAACUUGGUUGUAGUGGAGCAAUUCUGAUUCCUAACUAUGCAGACUUUAAUUUUCCUGUCUGAUCUGGUAAGUAUUCCUUAGAUUUUUUUUUUUUAACUGCGACUGAGACAUUGAAUGGAAGUUCAUCCUUUCACUUCCAUGUGGGGUUUCAAUAAUUGAGUCAAGGUGGAGUUGUAAGUUUGGUGGGCGGGGCGGGCUGAUGACCUAGAACCAUUAAUGGGUUCUGAUUGGGCAGCUACUCAUUUGAGUUCCUUCCAUUUGGCCUAAUUGGGGACAUUUAAAUGGAGUUUAUGAGCUCAUCUUCAAAGCUUUUGCUAAAAGAUUUCCAGCUGUUCCAAAUGGGACUUGCUAAUAGUAUGUGUAUGAAAAGAUCCCAUCAGGUGUGUGAGAGACAUUUGAUCCCUUGUUUGCUUAAUUGUAAAAUGAUGGCUUGGAAAAGCAGGCUUAUAGUCUAACCAUGGUGCUAUUAUUAGGCUUGCUUGUUAAACACAGGUCUAAGCCUAUCAAUAAAACAAAUACUUACGUUUCGUUUCUA